AUGGAAAAGUUCCUGCGGGAAUGGAGGCAGGAUGCCCUGAACAAGGCCCAGUACGAUUCCGCCAUAUUCAUCGGCGAUAAGCUGCUGGCCCUAACGAACGAUGAUAAGGACGCUUUCUGGCUGGCUCAAGUGCACUUCGCGACCGGCAACUAUACCCGCGCCCAGACAUUCCUCGCCAAACAGGACCUUGUCGCCCGCAACGUUUCCUGCCGAUACCUGGGCGCACACUGCCUCGUCAAACAAUCGAGAUUCGACGAGGCAUUGGCCGUCCUCGGCGAGCGAAAUCCGACCCACCUCAUCAACAAUGUGAGCAACAAGCGCAAGACGAACGCGGCACCCCUGGGACGGGCGGUAGGCCAAAGGGCCAGGGUGGCUCGUGACGAGGCUGCAGAGGAGGAGGCUACAAAUAGGAAGUACGAGGCCGCCAUGUGCUACCUGCGAGGCAUAUGCUACUCCAAGCAGAACGCCUUUGACCGGGCCAAGGAGUGCUACAAGGACGCUGUGCGGAUCGACGUGCAGUGCUUUGAGGCGUUCCAGCAGCUCAUGACGAACGCCCUGCUGUCGCCUGACGAGGAGUGGGCGUUCCUCGAGUCGCUCGACUUUGACUCCAUCACCGUUUCAGAGGACGUCUCGUCGUCUCAGGAAGCGGCAGAGUUCACCAAAAUGCUGUACACGACGCGGCUUUCCAAGUAUCGGGAACCGUCGGCUUUUACCGCGGCGUGCGACUCGCUGUCGACGCACUAUCGGUUGGCGGACAACCCCGAUCUGAUGCUCGCCAAGGCCGAUCUUUUGUACACGCAAUGCCGGUAUCGGGAUGCUCUCGCCAUCACAGAGUCGAUCCUGCAGGAAGACAAGUACAACUUUAGCGUGCACCCGCUGCACUUGGCAUGUCUGUAUCAGCUAAAGAUGAAGAAUGCACUAUUCCUGGUGUCUCACGACCUUGCAGACAACCACCCUGAGGAACCCUGUUCGUGGUUAGCUGUCGGCAUAUAUUAUUUUUCCAUCGACAAGAUUGCGGAAGCGCGGCGGUAUUUCAGCAAGGCCAGCAUGAUGGAUGCACACUUUGGUCCUGCGUGGAUUGGCUUCGCACAUACAUUUGCCGCUGAGGGCGAACACGAUCAGGCCAUUUCGGCCUACUCAACGGCGGCGAGGUUAUUCAUGGGGACACACUUGCCACAAGUGUUUUUGGGCAUGCAGAACCACGCGCUUAACAACAUGACGCUGGCGGAAGAGUUUCUCAAGACAGCGUACGGUCUGUGCAAGACGGACCCCCUACUGUUGAACGAAAUGGGCGUCGUCAAGUACCACCAGGAUAAGCCGCAGGAGGCUGUUCAAUUUUUCCGGGCGGCAUUGAAAAUCGCCGACGAGAUUGACUCGGACCCACAGGCAUGGCUAUCCCCAAGGACGAACCUCGCACACGCUUACCGUCGCCUGCGGCUCUGGAAGGAUGCACACAUGGAGUUUGACGAGGUCCUGCGCCAGGGCGGCAAGGACGCUGCAAUUUUCUGUGCCAAGGCACUCAUCUAUCUGGAAGAGGGACGCCCCGAGAAGGCCAUUGUACCGCUGCACGAAGCCCUUGCCAUUAACCCACAAGAUGGCAUUGCAACAGAGCUGCUGAACAAGGCACUCGAGGAGACAUCGACGAUCGACUUUGCAGAUGGUGACGAGCUGGAGGCUUUCGAGCAGGAGCUUGAGUCGGGAAAGGCCGUCGCCAGGGAGCGAGUGUCGAACAAGCUGCCGAAGCUGCGGCGGGAUGCCAAAGGCAAGGCCAAGGUCGGUCGGACACAGGUACUUGUGGACGAGGACGAGAAGGGGGAGAGCAUGAUGGAGAUGACUGACGAUGAAUAG